GUCCAAAUUACGUCAAUUUUGUGGGAAAUUGAAACGGAACCUUAACCGUGUGUUAAAAACAAGGAGGUUAAAAAUUAUUGUAACCGUUUUUGAUUACAAAGUGUUACGAACAACGUGUUUGAGUUUAAAAUCGUUGGACACAAACAAGGAGGUUAAGAUCUAUGAAGAUGCCGGUUCCCAACACAAUUAACGUAAAGGCUGCUAGUUACGGACUACGCCAUUUGUUCGAGACCAAAACAUUGUGAGUUGCGUUUGUGUAUUGCAAAGUUGCUCAUCGAAAUAAUACGUAAAUUUGGGAGAAAAAUGGUCAGUUGUUCCUCCUACGGAUGCGCAAACAGAAGUGGAAAAUCAGCCGUUAGUUUCCACAGUUUCCCCAAGGACGCCGCAAGGAGAAGCUUGUGGAUCAAGGCAUUGCGACGAAAAGAUUGGGAAUCAACGCAAUAUAGUGCAGUGUGUUCAAAGCAUUUUCGAGAAGCUGACAUUGAUCGAACGUCGUCAUCAACCAUUCGCCUCAGAGACAACGGCGUGUCUUCCAUUUUUUCAUCGUUCCCCCAGUACUUGGAGAAUAUCGAUCAAUCGACAGCCAGCACUUUCAGCAGUACACGCAAGAAGACAUCAUCCAUUCAGGAGAAUGACAACCGACCUCCUCUCAGCUCAUCUGGACACAGCCAUCACGUCGGUAUCCCGCUGGCAAAUGGUCAGAGGAAGCUGGAACAUCAAAAUUUGUCUCCAUCUGUAGUAGACAUUAAGACUGAUUUUGGGGACAAGUUGGAUUGCAAUCCAGAAGUAUUUCUCAGAGAUGCGCCGCCUCUCAAGCCACUCAUUGCGAGGGCCAUCGCGCAGUCUCUGUACAGUUUCAUACUUGGUGAUAACUGAGACAGCUGUGCAGUGAGAAGAGAAGUAUUUUCUAAUGGAAGAGAGAAGUAAUGGACUACAGAUACCUGAAUGGCGACGUCCUGCACUUUCUUGACAGUGGAAAGAAGACAGAGAAUGCAUCAGUCUUUGACAGAUGUUGAGCGUUUCAUCCUCACGUUGAGCUGAAACUUUCCACUGAAAAUUAUCACAACAAAUGGGAGAAGUCUUCCGGUAUGUUUCACAAAUUGCACACCUGCAAGUUGUUUUCCAGAAGUGUUAGGUAAAUUCACAGGUUAAUGUAAUGCACGUCUGAUGCUGUGUUACUGGUGCACUUGCCAAGUGACCAAAUGACAUUUUGAAAUUUUUCCUAGAGUUUUUGUUGUGUUCAGCAGUCGACUAUUUGUUGUGAAUCGUAAGAAGUGGGAUACUACAUUAUAGUGCUGUUGUCUGGGGCAGAGGGAGUUAUCCGAAAGUGUGUUGGGUGAUGUCAGAUACUGAAGUGCAAUGUCAUAUAAAGUACUGCAUUCCCAGCGGAAGUUGAAAUUAUCUGUGAAAAUCCCCAAACAGUUAUGGUAAAUGCAAUGUGAUCGAACUGAAGCAAUGAAUGUCUUGAAAAGUGCUUUCCUGUAAUUUGUGGUCAAAGAAAUAAUGUAGCUUGUGAGAAAGAGACAGUUGAGGUAAAAGAUAGGGCGUGGAAUCUCUAUGAAUGGGGUGGUACAGUUCUUAAGGUAUGGGUCUCAGGUUCGGAAGGAGCGGCAUUUAGUUCCAUUUAGAUUUGGGACUUUUAGUUGAAUCAUUUGGUUGCGAUGCCAGUUGUUACCAAUAAAAACUAAGACUUUGUUGCACUUCUUUUUAAUUGACGAGGUACUGGUUUCAUUGUACCGACCACCAUCGGACUUUUGAAAAAUCUUAAGGAUCCGUCACCGGAAUAAUGUCAAAAGCAUUCUAAAAAUUGGAUCUACACAAGUAUAAAUGACUCCCAUCAGCAUAAUAUCCCAAGCCCUGAGCAGUGGGAUAUUAUGUCCAACUGUGACAUGUCAUUUAAUUCCAGCAGUAUAUUGCAACCAAAGACACCAGCUGAGUGCUGGGCUUUAAGUAGCUGCUAAUCCCUUCCACUAUGUCUUAUACAACCAAUGGAAAACCACCUCCUAACACCUUACAUAAUAUAACAACUGAAAGGAAUUGUGAAGUAUUAUUUAAAAUUUAAAAAUUUCUACAGAGAAGAUAGGAUCCACAUUAGCACUGUAGGAAACACAAUUACACUAUGCCAAUUAUUAUACGAGGCAUGUUUUUUAAGUAAGGUCCGUUUUGUUGUAGAUACUAGAGCUGACCUGUAAGGUUCUGUUCUGUGCUUUCAAAAUGUUUAGGAAUCGAGUUUAGGAACUCACCUGCUGCGUGUGAGGUUUGCUCAGUGAUAAGAUUUUUGUCAGCAAGGAACCUUUCUGCUGCAGAAAUUCAUUGACAGAUUUGUGAAGUGUAUGGUGAUACUGUUAUGAGUGAAAGCAAAGUGCAUUAAUGCGUAUGAGAAUUCAAAUAUGGCCAUGACAGCGUCUGUGAUGAGGACCGCUCUGGCUGCCCUUCUUUGAUUACAGACAAUUUGGUGGCUUCAGUUGUAGUGAAGAUUUGUGAGAACAGGCACUUCACAAUAACAGGUCUCUCAAACGAAUUUCCUGAUGUGUCGAGAUUAGUGCUUGACGACAUUGUUUCUGAACACCUAAAGUUCAGGAAACUAUGCUCCUUUUGGGUCCCAAAAUUCCUAACAGAGGACCACAAAAGCCAAAGAUUUGAAUGUGUGAUGGAGUUCUUGACUCAUUAACACGAAGAAGGUGACGGCUUCUUGAGUUAGAUCGUAACUGGAGACGAAACGUGGGUUUCACAUAUCAUGCCCGAAUCAAAGCCACGGAAAAUGAAAUGGAAACACACACACUCACCUGUAAAGGUGAAGGCCCAACAGACUCUGCCCCAGCGCAAAAUCGUGGCGUCGGUGUUUUAGGAUAGGCAUGGUGUUUUGUUUGUCGAUUUCAUGCAACAAGGAAACACUAUCAAUGCAGAAGCAUUCAGCCAAACCCUGAGAAAGCUACGCAGAGUGAUUCAAAAUAAAAAGUGUGGCAUGGUGACAAAGGGAAUUGUCCUUCUCCGUGACACCGCAAGACCUCACACUGCAGCUCAGACCCACGAUUUAUUGGACAGUUUUGACUGGGAAGUUUUAGACCACCCACUCUACAGUCCCAAUAUUACGCCGAGCGAUUACCAUCUGUUCCUCCACCUCAAACAGCACACCAGUGGCAACCGUUACAAUGAUGUCAAUGAUGUGAAAAUGGCAGUGAACCCUUGGUUAUCGGAGCAGGCAGCAAAUUUUUAUGAAAGUGUAUUUUAAAAUUGGUUGAGAGGUACAAUACGUGUUUCAACAAACUUGUUGAAAAAUAGAGUGAGGUAUGUACUUACUGAAAAUAAAUUUCCUUUUUUGAAAUAACCUUUCAUUGUGUACUUAUGUUCAAAUGGACCUUACUUAAAAAACAUGCCUCGUAGUUGUAGUUUCGAACAUUUAAGUCAGUUAUGUGCAACGCCAUUGUCGAGGUACACACCUCGACAAAGAUUACGUUAUGUAAUCUGCACAGAAGAAUGAUUUCCUUUCCCAUUCUUGAACACUGGAUUUGGCCACAUUAUUCUCUAGCCUACACACUGUGUUUAUUAUACGAUAGCUGUUUCAUUUGUCCAGAUGUAAUACUGCGAUUGAUAUUGAAAUUGUAAGAUCCCAUCUUGAGUCACCUACGUGAUGCAUAUAAAAUAGCAACAUUUGCAACCGAAACGACUUGUCAUUCAAAUUUUUGAAAGCUUGAAUAAUUUAUUGGUAAAAUUCCACUGUAUGAAAGGCUCAAUUUGUGUUUGCUUCCAUCGUAUGUAAUUCAGCAUAUUUUUGCUAUCAUUUUUAGUUUUAUACAUGGGAAAAAUGUUGA